GUAAAGUCAGUUUUUAAUUUCUUUCCUUGCUGUCGUUGUGGUUACACUUUGAUUUGUCUGGAAGGGACCGGUUUGGCUUCGCACAACGCCUGCAUUGGAUCAAUUGGAUUGGAUUGUAUCUAUAGUGCCUUCGUCAUUGUUUAGCUGCAUAGUGCCUGGAAGGUUACUAGGGGAGCUAUGGCUUCUGCUCGGUUAAUACGUCCGCUACGGUUGAACUCCAGGAGGGUCGGGGCUGUUACUUUUGUACGACCGUUGUUGAAUCCGUCCACCUCGAGUAAUGUUACCUCGGCAUUAUUCAGAUUCCCAUCUCCUACCACACCGAGCCAUGUUCGAUAUAGCUCGCAUUCGCCAAUGGGCACACAAUCUGUCAGUCCCAGGAAGAAGGUGACUACGACGACGCUACGGAAUCUCUACAAGAACGGGGAGCCCAUCACCGUGCUCACGGCUCAUGACUUUCCUAGCGGGCAUGUUGCAGAUGCCGCAGGAAUGGAUGUGAUCUUUGUCGGCGACAGUUUGGCCAUGGUUGCGCUUGGAAUGGAGGAUACCAGCGAGGUUUUAUUGGAAGAAAUGCUGUUGCAUUGUCGAAGUGUGGCUCGAGCUGCAAGGAGCGCAUUCACGGUCGGGGAUCUUCCCAUGGGAUCUUAUGAGAUUUCACCAGAACAGGCUCUGCAGUCGGCCAUCCGCAUCAUAAAGGAGGGCCGCAUGCAAGCAGUCAAGCUGGAAGGAGGCGAAGAGAUGGCGCCGACAAUCAAGCGUAUUACGCAAGCUGGAAUCCCGGUUGUCGCCCACAUCGGUCUCACACCUCAGAGGCAAAAUGCUCUGGGUGGAUUCAGGGUCCAGGGCAAGUCGGCUUCUGCGGCGUUGAAGCUCAUGCGGGACGCUUUGGCAGUCCAGGAAGCUGGGGCCUUCAUGAUGGUCGUCGAAGCGGUACCCGCUGAAAUCGCCAGUAUCAUCACGAAGAAACUCCAGGUCCCGACGAUCGGCAUUGGCGCUGGGAAUGGCUGCUCCGGCCAGGUGCUCGUUCAGGUUGACAUGACUGGCAACUUCCCGCCGGGACGGUUCCUCCCCAAGUUUGUCAAGAAAUAUGCCGAUGUUUGGGGUGAGGCAAUCAAAGGUAUUGAGCAGUAUAGGGAUGAAGUCAAGAGUCGUGCGUAUCCGUCCCCCGAAUACACCUAUCCGAUCUCGAAGGAGGCUCUUGCAGAGUUUGAGAAGAUUGCCGAGGAUAUUGAGGGAAAAUAA